AUGGGAGAUACCCUAAAGUUCCAGUGCCCUUCUUCAACGGAAGAACUUACUUUGAUACAUCGGGUUAAUGCAACUGGAGCUAAGAGGUGCACCGUUUUCGAUCCAAAAGAGUCGUUAGUUGGAACAUGUCUGAAGCCACAUGAUUCAGUCAUAGAACGCCUUCGAAGCAGCAAAAUUUUGCCGAAUAAGCACACGUAUAAAGCUGAAAGAACUUACUACUUUAUAACAACGUCUACUGGGCACCAGGAUGGAAUUAACAACACAUUUGGUGGGCUAUGUCGUCAAAAUGGAAUGAUAUUAGAAGUCUAUAUCAAAUCAAGAAAUGUACCAGGUCAAGCUUACAAUUGUUUUGCCUCUAAACCAGCAGCAAAUGCUGACAAUUUUUUCUAA